GAGCGACUGAUUUCUUUCUCCAGCCGUGGAUCCCCCCAGCCAAAGCACGUCCCCAGCGGGGCCAGGCGCCCGCAUGCAGAAGAGGAUGGGUGAGGCGGUAGCACGGGUAGCCAGGAAGGUGAAUGACACAGUGGAGAACAAAACGGAUUCCCUGGAUCUAGCCAACUGCAAACUGAUGACCUUCCCCAUCGGCAUCUACAAAGCAAUGAGAAGCGUCACUGAGGGGAUCCACUGCAUUUCUCUGGCAAACAACGAGCUGAAGUCCAUCACCAACCGAUUUGUCACCACCUUCAACCAGCUGAGAGAGCUCAACCUGGCAGGCAACUACCUGCACCGCCUGCCUGAGGAGAUCACCUGCCUGCUGCACCUCCGGGCCAUCAACCUCUCCCGCAACAGGUUUCGGCAUUUCCCUGAGCCCCUGGCUGCUGUCACUGCCCUGGAGACCAUCGACCUGGAAGAGAAUGAGAUCAGAGAGGUGCCAACGGAGAAGCUGGCCUCCAUGGCAUCGCUGCGGAGCCUCAACCUGCGGGCAAACCCCGUUGGUCCUGAGGUGCGGCUGCUGGUCCGGCCCCUUGUCCCCUUUGACCUGCUGCUGUCACCAGAGGAGCCCAUCCCCAAAGCCUGAGAGGGUCUUGGGGUGCCUGGGGUGCAAGCUCUCCUGAGGGGUGACUGUCUGCAAGAGUGGUUUGGCUUAGGUCAGUCCCUGCUAUGCUGCUAUUUCUGUCCCAAACCUGCAGCGAGGCAGCCAUUCCCUCAUUUUUCAUUAAUAAAAAGCAAGCAGAGAGGCUCCUCUGUGAAGGGAUGGCUUUGCCAGCUCCCAAGCCUGGUAAUUUCCUGCUCUGUGCUUUAGGGAGACAGAGGAGCCACAACACGUGCGGUGUGAGGUCUGGGUAAAACUGUAGGAGUCGGAUGUUUGGCUACAUCCCUCCUGCCUGGCUGGUGAUGAGGAGCACCCAGGGCCAGGAUGGUGGGGGAUGUCCCUGCAGCUAUAAGGGUUCCCCUUGGAACUGCUGACGUAGUGGUGUACCAAGUGCCUGAUUAAAUGUUUUCUUGUUA